AUGGACAACGCCUCAACGCUGGAUUACGAGCUCCUAUCCCCGGGGCGAGUGGAGCCCGUCCCCAGUCCUUUCGGGAUGGACGCGGAACAAAAGACGGUCUUUGCCUUUGUCAUCCUCCUGUUGGCGUUCUUGGUGAUGCUGAUGGUCCGCUGCUUCCGUAUCCUGCUAGACCCUUACAGCCGGAUGCCCGCUUCAUCCUGGACCGAUCACAAGGAGGGGCUGGAGAGGGGGCAGUUUGAUUAUGCCCUGGUAUAG